CGAAAAACAAAAAUGUUUGUCGACCCAAACAAUGCAAACACGGCUACAUUGUUACCGAGACAUUGCAGUAUAUGGUGUCACCACAAGGGCGAAACACAUGGACAGUUGAUGAUCUCGUGCCAUAUGUGGAAAAGUUAGCGAUUAUAUCCCAAGAGCAAGAGAGGAUCACUGAGCCUGUGGCACAUGGUCCGGCAUCAGAGCGUCGAUUUCCCCCACAAUAGUUUCACAUGCUUCAGUCAAGUGUUGAAACUCGAGGAUUUGACAGACGAAGGGAGAUUGUUCACGCGGAAGAUUUAUCGCAGCAAAUGGACCAGCGUGGCCAUGGAAUGUAUUACACGCCACCAACAUUUUCUCAGUAUCCUUCGCAGAUGUAUCAGUAUCCUUUCGAGGAUCAUGACACUGAUAUGUCUGCAAGCGAACAUUCGUUUGGUGGUGUUACGGAAACACAUCCUCAUUUUUCAUGGCCGACCAUGACCCCUUCGCAGCAACAUGAUGUCCCAAUGGCAACACCUAAUGCCCCAUUAGGUCCGCAAUGGGAUGUACCCGGAGCAAUACCUGAUAUGGGUGACAUAUUAGGUGUUGAUUUGCGUCACGAGUUUUCUGCAGAGGCUGAGCAAGAAGGGCGGAGACAGCGCGCAAGAAGAAAUCCGGAUCGUCAAGCCCGAAGGUGGGAUCGACCAUGUGGCACAUCCUCGCGCCAUCACGGACACCAUAAUGACUGAUUUUGAUGUCUCUAUUUGAAAUUUGUGUUGUAUCUUUGUAAUUUGAAUUUCAGACUUAAUUUAUGGUAUCU